AUGGCUUCUGGAAAGAGAGAAGAAGACGAGAAGCAAAUGCCUAUUUACGGAAGCAGGGAAUCAUGGUUUUCUACGAAUGGACCUCUACCUGAUGUCAACAUCGAAGUACAUGGAGUUAUCUUUCGUUUAAAUCAAAAAAAAUUGAUUUCAAGAUCAGCAAAAUUGGCCAAGAUACUCAAAGAAAGUCAAAACCAACAUGUAGAGCAAUCCUAUGCCUUCAAAGAUAUACCAGCAGAUGUCGAAACGUUCGAACUUGUAGCGAAGUUUUGCUAUGGAUAUGAACCAGAGCUAUCAUCUGAGAACACCAUCCCUCUCACAUGCGUUGCUUCAUACCUUGAAAUGAGUGAAGAUCAUAGCUUCGACAAUCUCUUCGAGAAGACCAUUUCAUUCUUGUACAAUAUAAUUCUCUCUGAUUGGAAUGAAUCGGUCAAAGCGCUUCGAACUUGUGAAAAUGUUCUCAAUUACGCAGCUCACCUCGGUCUCAUCGAUGCUUGCUUGGAUUCCAUUGCUAGGCGGGCCUGCGCAGACCCUCGCCUCCUCGGAAAUCCUAUUAAUAACCCAAUGGAUGAUGUAAACAAUCUAAGGCCUAGUGCAAGAAGGAAACUCUUUGUUGUCGACUGGUUGUUUGAAGAUUUGACUACAUUGACACUCCCAUUAUAUGAGCUGGCAAUGUUAGUUGUGAUCCGAAAUAGGGUACCACCCAAGUACAUUGGUGGGUCUCUUUUCCGUUAUGCCAAAAAACAUGCCGAUGUCUCAAUUGUAACAGUCCUUGAAAGGGUGAGCAUAGAUGAGAAGAGCCCACAAAGAGAUGUAAUUGAAGUGGUUGAGAAGUUGUUGCCUGAUAAUAAAGGAGUUCUGCCUUGCAAGUGCUUGUUCGAGAUUCUUCGAUGGGCCAUCGCAAUGCAGUCAUGCUACGAUUGUCGGAGAGGAUUAGAAGUUAGGAUUGGAAAACAACUUGAUGAAGCCGUCGUCAAAGAUCUUUUGAUACCAUGUUAUAAUUACUCAAGAGAAACUAGAUAUGAUGUUGAUUGUGUAAUCAGGAUCUUGAAAAACUUUUAUGCAAAUUACACCGACCGAGACCCGUCUGGGCUAAUAGCAGUAUCAGAGCUCAUCGAUAAGUUCUUAGUAGAGAUCGCAAGGGAUGUGAAUCUUAAGAAGGAGAAGUUUAUAUCAUUGGUAGAGAUGUCUGCAGUGGCGUCGAAUGAAACUGGUCGUUGCUCAGAUGGAGUAUAUUAUGCCAUUGAUGCAUUUUUUUGUGCGCACACAUACCUAACUGAAUUCGAGAGAGAGGAGUUAUGCCAGGUAUUGGAUUGCAAUCGGAUGACACCAGCAACAUGUGAGCAUGCUGCAAGGAACGAACACUUGCCACUGCGUGUGGUGGUGAAUGUGCUUUUCAUGGGCCAGUUGAAGUUACAGGAUACGAUCAUGGGAGCAUUAUCAGAUUCAGAUGGUGGCUUCCACGAGGACGGGGAGGAGAAGAACGUGGUAGGUGAUGAUGGUGGGGUGAGGGUUAGAGAAGAGAUGGAGAUGAUGGAUUCUAGGGUGAUGGAGUUAGAGAAGGAGUGUUGUAGGAUGAAGAGAGAGAUUAAGAGAGGAAGAGGUGGAGAUGAGGAUGUUAGAAUUGGAAGGAAAUUAAAGAAGGAGAGCUUGUGGAAAGAGAUGAAGAGGAAGUUUGGGUGCAUGAAUAGCUUGCAUGAGUGUAGUAAUAGUAAUACAAGUAACAAUAGUGGCCAUGCAAAGAAGGUGCACCGUAGGAAUGGUGUGUGAUGGGUUUUCGGUCAGCACUUCUUUAUUGACUUCACUAACCAACAAUUUUUUUUUUUAAUAUUAACUUUUAUUUUUAUUUCUUUGUUGAGAAAUGAUUCAUUGCUCUCAUAACCUUAUAAGUAUAGUUCAUGGUUGCACUGGGACACUUAAUGGUUUAAUUGAUUAUUUUGGAUUCUGUUAGUUUCAUCAUAUAUUACAUUUAUAUUUUGUUAAAAUUCAAUUAAUGGGUCAUUUGAUUUAUCAAUUAGUUGAUAUACUUUGUUAUAGCUAAUCAUUUUCCAAGCCGUGAGAAUUUUAUUUAAAAUUCUCUGAUAGAAAUGAUUAUUAAGAACCAAAAAUCAAUAUGAUGGCCUCCCAACAAUUUUAUGGCUCGAUUUUUU